AAGCCGCGGUGGGGCGGGGGUCCGGGCGGUGGGAGCCUGGUCGGAUCAGGGCGUGGCUUGGAGCUCGGCGGCGGAUUGGACGCGUGGGAGCGGGGUUGAGUGGGAGCGGGGGUGCGGACCCUGGGACCACCCGGCGCUGAGCCCGGGCAGCGUGAGGUCACGGCGGGAAUUCUCCCGCCCCGACUGACUCAGCCGCCCCCAAGGCCCGAAACUGAGGUCGCGUAGGUGUGCAGGGGCGGGGAGGUGGUCUCGCCGGAAGUGGGGAGGAAAUGGGGGGCUGAGGUUCCGGGCGACUCCAGCUUCUUUGGGCCGCAGAGGCCGGGCUCCCCCAGGUGGCGGGGGCGGGGCGCCGGGGCUGGGCUGGGACAGCGCGGUAGGGGCGGGACUCGCCUUCGGCGCUGUCUACGGCGCUAAGCGCCCCCAGACUCGCCACUUCCUACACGGUCGCUGGGCUAUGGGCCUCUGACUCUGCCCUACCCCCUGUGAGGCCGUCCUGUCUGCGGCUUGACGGGUGGCCUAGGUCCUUUGGAUGAUCUCCGCCUGCACUGACCUUCUCCUGUGUGCCUCCAGAUAGGCCACCAUGGGCCAGUGCUACUACAAUGAGACCAUCGGCUUCUUCUACAACAACAGUGGCAAGGAGCUGAGCUCCCACUGGCGGCCGAAGGAUGUUGUUGUGGUGGCGCUGGGGUUGACCGUCAGUGUGCUGGUGCUGCUCACCAACCUAUUGAUCAUCGCGGCCAUCGCCUCUAACCGCCGCUUCCACCAGCCCAUUUACUACCUGCUCGGCAACCUGGCUGCAGCCGACCUCUUCGCUGGUGUGGCCUACCUCUUCCUCAUGUUCCACACUGGCCCGCGCACAGCCCAGCUCUCUCUCCUAGGCUGGUUUGUGCGGCAGGGUCUGCUGGACACAAGCCUGACUGCGUCAGUGGCCACACUGCUGGCUAUUGCCGUGGAGCGACACCAGAGCGUGAUGGCCGUGCAGCUGCACAGCCGCAUGCCCCGCGGCCGUGUGGUCAUGCUCAUUGUGGGGGUGUGGGUAGCCGCCCUGGGGCUGGGGCUGCUGCCUGCCCACUCCUGGCACUGCCUCUGUGCCCUAGACAGCUGCUCACGCAUGGCCCCCCUGCUCAGCCGCUCCUACCUGGCCGUCUGGGCUCUAUCCAGCCUGCUCGUCUUCCUACUCAUGGUGGCUGUCUAUACCCGCAUUUUCUUCUAUGUUCGUGGGCGGGUACAGCGUAUGGCAGGGCAUGUCAGCUGCCACCCCCGCUACCGUGAGACCACGCUCAGCCUGGUCAAGACUGUUGUCAUCAUCCUGGGGGCAUUUGUGGUCUGCUGGACGCCGGGCCAGGUGGUGCUGCUCCUGGAUGGUCUGGACUGCAAGUCUUGCAACGUCCUGGCUGUGGAGAAGUAUUUCCUGCUCUUAGCCGAGGCCAACUCACUGGUCAACGCUGUGGUGUACUCCUGCCGUGAUGCAGAGAUGCGCCGCACCUUCCGCCGCCUCCUCUGCUGCCUGUGCCUCCGCCGGUCCACUGGUGAUUCUCCCGGCUACACAGCCUCCACCCAAACAGGCGCCAACACUCGCAUCAUGCUUUCCAAGAAUGGCCACCCCCUGAUGGACUCCACCCUUUAGCCAACCUCGGACUUCAGUGGGGUGCAGCAAGUGCUGAUUGCACCCCUGACCAUUCGUGGAUGUGCCUGGUUCAACCUAAUCUGAGGGACAGAAUUAAAGGCAGACCCUUGGUCUGGAUGACACCAGAGCCCGGCCUCCCCAGACACACAACUCUGCCUGCUUCGGGGCCUGGGGGUGUGUGGUCAUCUCCAGUGCCCAGGAGAGUGUCAGAUGGGGUUCAGGAACUGGCUCUUCAAUCGUCUCAGAUUGUGGGGUUUUCAACAGACAUUUUCCUGUUUCUACGCACCCCUGGUGCACCCUGUGGCUUGCUUCUUUGUGUGUGUUGGUGUGGGUUAAAGGUAAGAGAGGUGAGGACUCUCCGGCCACACUGCCGAAAAUCAUAAGGAUGGAUCAUGGAUGCGCCGUCUGCCUGAAGCUGCUUCUUCAGUGGCAUGGGCUGAAGGGUGCUGAGCGAGAGCUGGGAAAGGUGUGUGGCCCCGUAAAGCCUCCGGGGCUUGCCUGUCCCUGCUGGACUUGAGGGUGUCCACGAGGAGGGCAUGUUAAGAAGUAAACCUUUCUUUCUCCUCUGGGAUUUCCAAAGCAUUUUCUGUCAUUAACUCAGUCUGUCACUGUGUCCCAGAUUGUCCAUCUCAGCUUUCCCUGGCAGGGACCCUUCAGCCCUGUUCUCACUCCCCUUCAGUCUCUGGCCAGUUGUUACUCCAUCUGCCUUGGAGUUUUGCGUUUUGCGUCUGUUCCCUCGUGUCUGUCUUCUCUACUUGUUCCCCUGCUUCACUCCCGCCAGCUGCCUGUCUUCAUCCUCUGGAGCCCAGAGGAGUCCAUGGCCCACGUAAGUCCUCUCGUGCCUGCCCUUCUGUCCCAGUCCAGGUUAACAGUCAGGUGUGUUCAUCCCGUUGCAUGCCACACACCAGGGCCAGGGGUGGUGGGAUCCGUGCAGCAGGGUGUCAGCUUUGAGUGUUGCCAUUUCUCAAGCUCCUCUGACGUUGCCUGGCACACUGAUAAGCACUUCAGGAGCAUUAUUUAAUCAUCACCUGCAAGCAUUACACCUAUUUCACGUGAGGACAGUGGCUCUGAGAGGCUGAGGUCUGGCCCAUGGUUACACAGUUUUGAAGGGACACAGAGAUGCAUCCAGGGACUAGAGAGGCCCCUGGGGAAAGGGCUUCAGAUUCCCACAAAGUAUGGAAUUGGUCACAGCUCAGCCUGGAUUUUUUCUUUUUUUUUUCUUUUCUAUUUUCCUUUUUUACUGUUUAUUGACUUUAGAGAGAGGAGAGAGAGAAAGGAGAGAGAAAGAAACAUCAGUUUCUUGUUCCAGUCAUCUGUGCAUUCAUUGGUUGAUUCUUGUAUGUGCCCUGACCAGGGAUCAAACCUACAACCUUGGCAUAUGGGGACAAUGCUCCAACCAACUGAGCUAACCAGCCAGGACUCAGCCUAGCUUUUCCCACCUCACCACAUAGUCCCUGAGGGCCUCAGAUGGGUCAGACUCCUGAUGAUAAUAAGUCCUGUCUCAGAUGCUCAUAGAGCUAUCCCGCUAGGCAUGGUAUAGACCAGAAUCUGGAUUCUCUGCUUCCACCUAAGGAGACAGGGUUAUGUCCCUACUUCAGGUUCACACACAGAAUAACAGCCAAAUGUGAAACCAGGCCUCCCAAAGAGGCCCAGUUCUUAAGCUACUAAUGUAAACAUUGCCAAAGAACCAAAAACAUCUAGGUCCUGCCAUGUUACAUGCGGCUGGACUUCCCUUUGGGAGAACCCCCUGCCCUCAGGCAGCUUUGUGAGGAGGCAAGAAUGAACUGGGGUGCUGGGUACUUCUCUAGGGCCCAAGGGGGGCAGCAUGGCUCCUAGGGCCUGGGGCCUGAAUAUCCAGAGGUGGUGACCCAGACCAGCAGCUUCCACCAUGUGCCUGGGUUCACGCCCAUGAACGAUGCAGUCCUGCCUCCACCGAGCUUUGGGCUUGCUGGGCAGACAUAUCACUGCAGGGGUCGAGGCAGCCAACAAUUCCUAUGACCUCCGAAAGACAGCUCUGUGUUUCGCCUGCUCUGAGCUGGCUGCUCUCACAUCGGCAUCCUCCAGGUCCUAAUUCACAUUCUGGGGUUCUGUCCCACCAGUUUUCCCCUCUCUUGUAGGUCUCUCUUCUCUACCAAGCUUUUGUCUCUGCUGGUCUUUUAAGCUUUCAAAUCCCUAUCCCCUACCGCAUUCUCAGAAGGACACCAAAGUUCCCCACUAUUUUCAGGCCUCCUGUGCAAGUGCUGUGCUAACAGCUGACCUUUCAAUACAGAGCAUUGGCUCUCAAUGGCACCCACACAUCUUCUAGUACUUCCUGUUAUUGGGGCCAAGUGUCAACUCUCAUCAGGAAGCCCUCAAGGUUGUUCUUACACAGCCCACAUCACCCAUUUCCAUUCCCUGAUGUCUCUUGGAGUCCCCCAAU